AUGGAACUUCUGGAUAACGCCUACCAAACCCUUUACGCUUCUGUUGCAAGUCUGGAUGCCCAACGGAUCAUUCGUCUCGUCAUCAUCGUCGGAGGCUACGCUCUGUUGAGAAACCUUGCCCAAAGACACUUGGCCAAGAGACAACUGGACAGGAAGGUACGUGAAGGUCAACUCGCAAAGGAUGAAAAACGAGUUGAAGAACUCGUUGACGAUCCCAACAGUGCCCAAUCCGCCGAAAGUAACGCCUUCGGAUGGGGUAACAAGACCCGUCAAAGAGUGAAAAGGCAGGAAAAGCUAUUGGAAGAACGAAUUGAGGAACUACAGAAAUACCAAGGUAAUCUGGAUGAUGACCAGGAUAUUGCUGACCUGCUCGAGGAUUGA